CUCUCCUAAUCCUCCAGGCACAGGCAAGGCGCAUCUCAUUAUGAGAGCGUUCUGGCCUUCAGCCAUUCCAUGCUCACUCCGGUGGCCAGAUCAUCCCGGCAUGCUAUAACAUCACCAUCACCUCGCAUCCUGCGUUUCGUAGGAUGUCUACCACUGAUAUCACGACCAUGUGCUGCCGAACACCCUGCCGCACUUCAACCUCAUCUUAGUCGACAUCUAAACCUUUGCACCUUUGCCACCUCUACCAUCCAUCGCCGCCGCUUUCUCAUAUCCGAAGGCCGGACCACAAACCCUCCAGACGUCGAAGCCGAGCAGUCUUCCCACCCUGCGCCCUCGCUGCCUUUCUAUCUUGAAACCGGUUACUCUAUCUUCGCAAAACGCCCAUCCCGCCCAUUCCCUCCACCAUUCAUCUCUCUCCCUUCAGGCUCCUUCUCCGAACCCUUGACCACCCACAACGCCCCCCGCGGCCGUCGCCCCUACGUUAACGGCCAGCCCGUCCGCGGCAUAACUAACGGCGACGACGCCAUCAUCAUAAGCGAUUCUAACUUCAUCGCGGUCGACGAUGGCGUAGGGGCGUGGGCUCAAAAAGAACGAGGCCACGCCGCCCUCUGGUCCCGCCUGAUUGCGCAUUUCUGGGCUCUCGAGGUCGAAAAGUCAUUUCAGAGCGGAAAAGAAGUCGCCCUGGAGGAUCUGAACCCAAGACAAUACCUGGAAGAUGCCUACGAACACACCAAGGAAGCCACGAGGGGUACGCUGAAGGAUCAGGACAUCGAGCAACUAGAUGGUGAGGACAUAACCAAGUCCAAAUCCACGUCCGGAGAAUCCACCUCUUCUCCGUCCACGCAGGAGGCCGAAGAGCAAGACAAACCUGGCGAGAACGACAUCCUCGGCACGACGACCGCCUCCUCCGCUCUUUUGCACCACACCACCUCCACAGUCCCCAAACCAGUCAUCCUCGCCACAACCCUGGGCGACUGCAAGGUCCUCAUCCUGCGGCCCACCAUGCCGUUCUCCAAGGCCGUCCUGUACCGCUCUGUCGAGCAAUGGCACUGGUUCGACUGCCCACGCCAACUCGGGACCAAUUCCCUCGACACGCCUCUCAAAAACGCCGUCACCGACACCGUCGAGGUCGCACCGGGCGACAUCGUGGCCGUCCUGUCUGACGGCGUAACCGACAAUCUAUGGGAACACGAGAUCGCCGAGACCAUUUGCGCGUGCAUGGGCAAGUGGGCCGAAGGUCAGGACGAGGCGCGCGACGGGGUCGUCUACGUUGCACGCACUCUGAUGAAUGCCGCGAGGGAGGUCGCGCAGGAUCCGUACGCCGAGAGUCCGUACAUGGAGCGCGCUCUCGAUGAAGGUCUCGCUGCCGAGGGCGGGAAGUUGGAUGAUAUUAGUGUUGUCUUAGGCGUCUGUCGGAAAAGAGAGUGAGUUCCGGUCUUGCGUCCGCACUAGUGAGGACCGCGAAGCAUGUUGGAUAUGGGGCGUGGUCUACGGCUGAUAUAUCGCGGCAAGUGAGAUCUAGCCAUCGGACUAUUGGCACGCGAGAAUACGGCGUGGAACGAUCAUGUUGGCGAUUUGCUACAUCGCAAGAUGCUUCACACAUGCUAGCUAUAUUCCGUGGUUUCAUGAAAUGAAUGUUUGGGCGUUGUGGAACUUCUAUUGGAAAAUCGAUACGCAUGUCUCUGUGGAAGAUUUUGGCAUCAUAACCAGGAUCAGAGAUCUCAUCUGGUAUCACCUUAACAUAGAUACGAGGCAUGUAAAGGAUCGCUCGACCCCCUAUGCACAUGCAGGCGAAUGGGCGAGAUCUCAAGGCGGGAUCUCAAACAACAAAUUCCAGAACUUUUUCUACA